UUGUGGAAAACACUUCGUUCAAAAAUUAAUAUUCGGAUUCGCGGUAAACACUUAACGGUUUUCGCAUUUCGAAAGUGCAAAUUACCUUUCUUCGUACAUUAGUUCAUUCAGUUAAGAACUUAAAAAGACGGCACGUUCCGUUGAUGGUUACAAAAAAAGUGUCAUUAAGUGAUCUGACCACCAUAUAUUUAUGCUUCUUUUCGAAGGCCCCUUUUUCCCCGCUCUAAACUCGAGUUCCGGUUCGUGCAUUGCCCAAUUUCGAAGCGUGCGACACGUUUAUUUUAUGCGGUUUCAUCGUGUACUUCACUCCAUACUAUAUGUGUGUUCCGCGGGGUUCUUGACUUAUGCCUAAUUACCAGUGACGUCGAAGCCUUUUCGAAAAAUGUGUCAGCCACGAAAUUUGUCUGUUCUCUGGUAGUUGUUAAGCGACACUCGAGUGUGACACUGCAAGUGUUGGUUGGCUUCACAUAAUUACUAUAAAAGUGAGCCAAAGGAUACCCCACCCAAAAGUCAGCCAAAGGAUACUCAGCCUAUAGGAAUAUCUACUUCACAGAGGGUGUCAUGUGCAAGUGGCAGUAACCAGUAACUAGUAACCCCGAGGUUCUAACAGAAAAACCCAACAAAAUGUACAACGAACCACAGUCGCAGUCGAGUGGCCAUGGAAUCGGCAGCAUGGACUACAAGAAGGUGCGCUUAAAAGGAGGACAGCAUAGGAAAUCCCCUAGUUAUAUAAGCUCCAUAUCCAUCCAAGUCACAAUACUCACCACACUAAUCAGCUUGGUUGCCUCAAAUCGCCCGCCGCGUUUCGCAAUCGAUGGGCAGUCCGAGAUUGUACUGCGUCUGAAGGAGAGUCCUGAAACGAAAGUGGGAACUCUGAUAUACACGCUAAAGGGUUACGAUCCGGACAACGAUCCACUGACCUUUGGCAAACGCAACUCGCACGACAGCGAAAUAAUUCGUAUUGAAAACACUGGAGGCAACGAGGCCAAGGUCUUUUUGGCCAAGGAAUUGGAUCGCGAAGUGCAGGAUGAAUACUCCAUAGUGUUAACACUAACAGAUAGUCACUAUAGCGAUCAUAACUACGUAACCCAGAGCUUUUUGCUGUUGGUUGAGGACAUAAACGAUAAUGUCCCCUCUUUUUUGCCCUACCAAAAUGCCAUCGAAAUUCCGGAGGGCAGUGCUCCUGGUGUGGUGAGCACUUUGGAGGCCACGGAUGCGGAUGAGGGAGCCUAUGGCCAGGUGGUUUACUACCUGCAAGAACUAGAUGGCGACAAUGAUGUAUUCUCCAUAGCCACACAUCAGGGAAAAGGAAUUUUGAGGUUGCAAAAAGAGCUGGACUACGAGAAGAAGAGUCUGUAUCAGCUGAGGGUUUUGGCCAUCGAUCGUGCCAAUCAGGGACCAGUUAACACAGGCACUGCUGCUAUCCUUGUGAAGGUCAAGGAUCUCGAGGAUCAGCCACCAGAAUUUGUGGAAGUUCAAGCUGUGGCCAGAAUUGCAGAAGAUGCUCCUGUGGGCACGAAAGUCCUGCGAGUGCGAGCUAUAGAUGGAGAUCGGGGGAUAAAUAACCCCAUAGCAUAUUCUCUGGAGGCCAAUGAUCUGUUCGACAUAAAUCCGCACACAGGAAUAGUUCAGACUUUGACUCAACUUGAUCGCGAGGAGCAAAGUGAUCAAGUGAAUGGAGCCCACAUCCUAAGGAUUUCUGCUACCGAGUUGUCCAAAUCGAAUACCCAAAUGGCACCGACAACUGUUCGCACAGAAGUUACGAUAAUAGUGAGUGAUGUGAAUGAUGAAAUACCCACUUUUGGGGAAACAGUUUAUCGUUGUGAAGUUAAUGAGAAUGCCCAGACAAACACCCCGCUCAAUUUCAUCGACGAGGAAGUACAGAACGUGGUUUUUGAUCACGAUGAGGGCAACAAUGGCACCUUUCGAUUGUUUUUGGAUCCACCCAACGAUCUGUUUGAAAUCGUACCCGAACUGGCUGUUAAUGAGGCCAACUUUAUGCUGCGGGUGAAGAACUCAAAGUCGCUGGAUUUCGAACAGUUCACAGAGAUAAAUUUUACCAUAUUUGCAAGGGAGGUGGAUGAGCCAAGUCGAUGGAGUUCCGCUCAUGUUCAAAUAUUUAUACGAGAUCAAAACGAUAACUUCCCGGAAUUCAGUCAAAUGGUUUAUAAUGCAAGUGUUUUGGAGAAUAGCGAUCAAGACACGAUAAUCACUCAUGUUCAGGCGGUGGAUGUGGAUUCAGGGGAUUAUGGAACUAUGGGAAUACGCUAUACAAAUCUCAGAGGAGGAAUAGCUCACUUACUCAAUCUGAAUCCCAUUACUGGAGUUAUAACCAUCAAGCAAGCGGGUGGCACUGCCUUCGAUCGUGAGAUGAUUUCCCGGCAUUAUCUCACUGUAGAAGCGAUCGAUAAUGUUGGUCAGGGAAAUAGAAACACAGCCCAAAUUAUAGUGGAUAUACUGGACGUGAAUGACAAUGCUCCUACAUUUCCUCAAAGGCAAUACGAGACAAAGUUGCUGGAGAAUCAUGCCGAGUUUGAAACUCCUUUGCAAUUGGAGGCUCGCGAUGCUGAUCUUAAUGGAACGGAAAAUAGUGAAAUAACCUAUGAAAUUGUGGAGGGAAUGUACCGAUUAAAUUUUACUAUAGAUCCAGAAAGUGGAUUACUGCGUCCAGUGCAUCGCUUUGAUUUUGAAGAACUGGUGGAAAGGAGCAGUCGCAGAAGUGAUUCUCAAACUGGAGGAUCUUCUAAUAUUCGAGAGAUUGAUUUAUUAGUACGAGCUCGAGAUUCCGGAAUUCCAAUGCUAUCCACAGUGGUUCCUGUUUUAAUUUACGUGCAGGAUGUAAACGAUAAUGCACCCAUUUUUCAACGCAGCUUUUAUGCUAAGACUAUUCCAGAGGAUCUGGAAGGAGGAAGUCCUGUCUUGCAAGUGACAGCCAUAGAUCGAGAUGGAUCUUCACCCAACAAUGCGGUGGUCUAUCGCAUUCAAACAGGCGCUAGUGAUAAGUUUAUCAUAAACUCGGAAACGGGAGUUAUUUCGGUGGCUCAAGGAGCUAAUUUAGAUCCUGAUCUUACGGACAACAAGCGAUCACUUUACACUCUAUCAGUGAUUGCUUUAGAUGGUGGCUUGGGAAAUUCACAGCUUAUGACCACUUGUACUGUUAACAUCAGCAUUCAAGAUGUGAACAACAAACCUCCAGUAAUAACAGAAAUGCCAGCUUUAAAAAUUUUGGAGAACACACCUGUGGGGACUUUGGUUUAUCGAAUAAGGGCAACUGACUUGGAUCAAAAAGCCAUUCUGCGUUACAAACUCAAUCCUGAACAUUGUGAGGGUCGCACUGAAGAAGGAGCUUUGGUAAAGAGUAGCGAAUACGACUUCCUGGGAGCCUUUGAGGUGGAUCCUAUAGAAGGAGCCCUUAAAGUGAUUAAGUUGCUGGAUCGCGAAAGGGUUGAGCAUAUUAAACUGGCCAUUACUGUUGAGGAUUUGGCAGCAGCUAAGGGAAGGCAAAUUGUUGAAGGUUUUUUAAGCAUUCAAGUUCUCGAUGAAAACGACAAUAAUCCCAAGUUCCGGUUACCUUUCUACCGGCAAUCAAUUACCGAGAACAGCAUCAAUGGAGCAAUGAUUGUGAAUGUGCUGGCCUCAGAUGUGGAUAAGAAUCGCACCAUCACCUACGCCCUGGAGGGGAAUCCCACCUAUCGAUCCCUGAUGCACUUGGAUGCACAAACGGGAGAAAUUGUGGUGGCCAGUAAAAUUGAUCACGAGCAACAUCAGUGGCUCAACUUCAGUGUGAGGGCUACGGACUCCGGGAUUCCAGCGAGAUCCUCACUGGUGGAUGUGUAUAUCACCGUGCUGGAUGAGAACGAUAAUAAUCCCUACUUUGUGGGUGGCAGCAAGAAUUACACGAUCAGUGAGAAUGCACUACCAGGAACUCGAGUUGCCACUUUGCAAGCUGGAGAUGCGGAUUCGGGGGAUUUUGGAAAGAUAACCUUCCUAAUGGAUCGCAUCAGCUCACAGGGAAAGUUCACCAUAGAUGCGGAUACUGGAGUGCUUACGGUGGCCGAUCGAUUGGACAGGGAGUCGAAGGACUCCUACAACCUGGUAAUCGAGGCUUGGGACAACUAUCAAUUCGGUUUUCUGGCUGGCGAAAGUCGCAAUGCUUUUAAGCAGGUCUUUAUUUCCAUUCUGGAUGAAAAUGAUAAUCCCCCAGAGGUUAGUGUCCCCACGGGUUGUGUCCUCAUCACGGAAUAUCACGAAUUGCACGAAAAAGUAGCAAACAUUGUUGGCAAGGAUGCAGAUGAUCCAACUACACCAAAUGGAAGAUUGGAUUUCGCUAUUACCCAAGGCAAUAAAGAUGGCAUGUUUGAGCUGCGACAGCUUGACGCUUGGAAUGCGCAAAUCUUUGCCAGCAAAAGUCUGCGAAAUAAGUUUGGAAACUAUAGCCUCACUAUAACCACUAGAGAUCUGGGUCUUCCGGCGAAUAUUGUGCACAGCACUCUGGAUAUCUGCGUAUCGGAUUACAAUGACCAUGCUCCGGUUUUUGUGAGACCACUUCAUAACACCACUGUUCGGAUUCCGGAGAACGCAACAGUUGGAACUCUGAUCCUGCAGGCGUAUGCCAGCGAUGCAGAUAUGGGUCAGAAUGCACUGGUCAGAUAUCGACUUAAGCCAGAUCCUUUGGGAAGUUACAAGAUGUUCGAUGUUAACGCUAAUACAGGAGAACUGUUUCUGAGACAGCGAUUAAAUCGAGAAAGGCAGAAGAUUCAUGAGAUCCGCAUAGAAGCUUAUGAUCAGGGUUUGCCAACCUCACUGAGUUCCGAUUUGGAUCUUACCAUUUAUGUGCGUAAUGUUAAUGAUUACGAGCCGCAAUUUAUUGUUAAUGAAAUAUCCGUGAACUUUACGGAGCACUCGGAUCCAGGAGCUGAAAGGAUUAAGCUUCCUGACACCAUAGAUAAAGACCAGUUGGAACUGGAUGAUCCAAACGAAACUCCCAGCCAGGUGUGCUAUUUUAUAGUGAAAGGAAACGAGGCGGGAUAUUUUCGACUUGAUCCAGAGAGCCACAUACUGACUGUUGAUCGGGAACUAGAUCGGGAAGUGACAGCAAACUUUACGCUUUAUGUGAAGGCAACAGAAAAUUGUGGAAAUGAUUCCCUAACAGGGGGAGCAAAGCGACGCAGCAUGGGUAUCGAAAUUAACAAUAGAUUGGGAGGCUUUUUGCACAAUCAACCGAUGGGAUAUGAUCGUUUUAAGCACUCCCGACAACUAAGAUCGGCGGAAGACAAUGAAUACGAACCAGAGGAUGGUGAGAUGGUAUCAUAUGAGGCCUAUGACUCCAGUCAGGAGGAGCACUCUGCAGGAUUAACUCCUUCGAACCCCGAAACAGAUAGCACAGUGAUCAAAGUCAAAGUGAGAGUUCUGGAUAUCAAUGAUAACCCACCUCGAUUCCGUUCCAAAAUCUUUACUGGUGGAAUUACCACAAAUGCGGAUUUCGGUUUGAAAUUCAUGCGCGUUGAAGCUACGGAUGCAGAUGAGGGGGAAAAUGGAAAGAUUGGAUAUUACCAAGUAGGCGAAAUCCGACAAACUCUCUCCGAAGGAUUGGAAAAUGUUCGGAAAGAACCAUUCCUUCUUGAUCAGGAAACCGGGGAAGUGCAGCUGAAUUUUGACCCGCAGAAGGGCAUGAAAGGAUAUUUCGAUUUUGUGGUUUUGGCCAACGACACUUCUGGAAUGAGGGAUAUUGCACACGUGUUUAUCUACUUGUUGAGAGAAGAUCAGAAAGUUCGAUUUGUGUUCCGACUGCAACCCGAUGAACUGCGAUCUCGAGUGGACUCCUUCAGAGACACCCUGGGAAACAUCACAGAAUCGAUUGUCAACAUUGAUGAGAUUAAAGUUCAUGAGAACAAAGAUGGUUCGGUGGACAAAACGAAAACGGAUCUGUAUAUGCAUCUAGUCGAGCGCGAGGAUAACUCCAUUUACGAGGUAUCCGAGGUGCUCAAGCUGAUUGACUCGCACAUCGAAAGUUUGAAUGGACUGUUUAAGGAGCUCAAUGUGCUGGACACGCAGGCGGCGGAGGCUCAGCUCCUGACCGCAGGACCCACAAGGGGUCCUUUGUUUGUCUGGCUUGUGUUUACCAACCUGUUUUUGGCCACGCUCUUGGUGGUCACAAUUGCACUUUGUGCCUCCCAAAGGAAUGGUUACCGCAGGCAGCUGAGAGCCGCCAAAGUCAAUAUAUUCCGUGGAGGUUCCUCAAUGUCCCUGCAAAAUACUCAGGAGCCUGCCACUCGUGUGCCAAAUACCAACAAGCACAGUGUCCAAGGAUCAAAUCCCAUUUGGCUAAAAGGCUACGACAACGAGUGGUUUAAAUCGGAAGAAACUGGCAGCCUUGGUGGCCACGACUCGCUGGAUGAUAACUUCCUGUCGGUGGCCACACAGGACAUGCACGAAACCCUGAAGGGCACCGCCAAGUUGUUCAACAACAGCAACGAUCUGAAUCGACACUUCAACCUGUACAACCAAAUUGACAAACUGACCAAUAAUGCUCAAAUCCUGGCUCGAAAACUGGAGACCACGGAAUUAUAGCACCAACAGUCCACAUUAUUUAUUGUACUUAGAUUAGUAUUAGGUUAAGGUCAGUUUGUAAGAACAAUGUAAAUAAUCGAAUUGUAUGAAGCUCAACAUUAGUCCUGCUGUCUUAUAUGACAAGCAAUUUCGUACAAAUUAAGGAAAAUGUAACAAUAAAACCGAUAAUAAAAUAACUCUAUUUAUAAAACGUGA